UAGGAAAUGUAAAAAUGUAUCUAGGAAUUUUAUCGAAUUAAUGAUAUAUCGAAUAAUCGUGAUUGGUCGAUACUUGUUACGAUGUGUAUCAACCAUGUUGCUGUCAUGGCGGGUAUUUAGUACCGCUACAUUGAUCAUAAUACAGUAAUACGUUUGUUUUUACCGAAUAGUGAAACAAAAUAUACGUCUAAGGCGAAUUAAUUAAAACUAAAAUAGAAAAUAUAAAUAAAUAAGCGUCAUUAUGUCGACAGAUUUUUAUAUACGAUAUUACGUCGGCCAUAAAGGAAAAUUUGGUCACGAAUUUCUUGAGUUUGAAUUCAGACCUGAUGGAAAAUUGCGGUACGCUAAUAAUUCCAAUUAUAAGAAUGACACUAUGAUUCGGAAGGAAGCUUAUGUUCAUCAAUGCGUUAUGGAAGAAUUAAAACGCAUUAUUCAAGAUUCGGAAAUCAUGCAAGAAGAUGACUCGUUAUGGCCACAACCUGAUCGAGUUGGACGUCAAGAAUUAGAAAUUGUCAUCGGAGACGAGCAUAUAUCAUUUACAACUUCAAAAACAGGAUCACUUUUAGAUGUUAAUCAAUCACGAGAUCCUGAAGGACUACGUUGUUUCUAUUAUCUUGUACAAGACUUAAAGUGUUUGGUGUUUUCUCUUAUAGGAUUACACUUUAAGAUUAAACCUAUAUAAAACAAAAAAA